UUAUCUCUCCUUUCUCUUGUGCCUCUCAGGGUGUUUCAAAGAUGACCGUAUUGUAUUCUGGACUUGGAUGUUUUCAACAUAUUUCAUGGAGAAGUGGGCCCCCCGGCAGGACGACAUGCUCUUCUAUGUCCGUCGGAAACUGUCCUAUGUCAGUGGGGAGAGUACAGAGGGGAAAAAGCAGGUUGAAGUUGAAGUUUAUCGGAGAGAUUCUAAGAAGCUUCCUGGCCUGGGAGACCCCGACAUUGACUGGGAAGAGAGUGUUUACUUGAACCUCAUCCUGCAGAAGCUCGAUUAUGUGGUGACCUGUGCUGUGUGCACACGCUCUGAUGGAGGAGAUAUUCAUAUUCACAAAAAGAAGUCUCAGCAAGUGUUUGCGUCUCCGAGCAAACACCCAAUGGACAGUAAAGGAGAGGAGUCAAAGAUCAGCUACCCCAAUAUAUUCUUCAUGAUUGACAGUUUUGAGGAGGUUUUCAGUGACAUGACUGUGGGAGAAGGAGAAAUGGUGUGUGUGGAGCUAGUGGCCAGUGAUAAAAGCAACACCUUUCAAGGGGUGAUUUUCCAGGGGUCCAUCCGCUAUGAAGCACUCAAGAAAGUCUAUGACAACAGGGUGAGUGUUGCAGCUAAGAUGGCUCAGAGAAUGUCCUUUGGCUUUUAUAAGUACAACAACAUGGAGUUUGUCCGAAUGAAAGGACCACAGGGAAAAGGACAUGCAGAGAUGGCAGUGAGCAGAGUUUCCACUGGUGACACUUCACCAUAUGGGACAGAAGAAGAUUCAAAUCCAGACUCCCCAGUGCAUGAGAGAGUUACUUCUUUCAGCACACCACCAACCCCAGAACGUAACAACCGCCCAUCCUUCUUCUCCCCAUCCCUCAAGAGAAAAGUGCCCCGAAAUCGAAUUGCUGAGAUGAAAAAAUCCCAUUCAGCAAACGACAGUGAGGAGUUCUUCAGAGAUGAUGAUGGUGGAGAUCUGCACAAUGCGACAAAUCUCCGGUCGCGGUCCCUGUCUGGAACAGGACGCUCCCUGGUGGGCUCGUGGCUGAAGCUGAACAGAACAGAUGAAAACUUUCUACUCUAUGCACACUUAACAUACAUCACUUUGCCAUUGCAUCGAAUUUUAACAGAUAUCCUGGAAGUGCGGCAGAAACCAAUCCUGAUGACAUAGCAGAGAGCGGGCACUGCCUUGGAGCCUUGUUGCCAAGUGCCUA